UGUAGGUUGUGACUGUGAAUCUGAGUUCAGAUUCAUUGUAGGUAUAUGUAAUACAUUGUACUUUUGUUUUUUUUUUAAUAAUUGUCGUCAUUAUGUUUAAAUAGUAAAAACUACAGCGUAUGUAAAUUUUACGUUUGACAGAGUUUGAGACAUUUAUUUGGUGUUAGUGAGUAGUCAUGAAAUAUGAUUGCGAUGGUGGCAAAGUCUUUAUUUGCAAUCCUGGUAAUUGCGUCGACUGUUACUUCCAGAAUACAUAAGCUGCCUCUUACGGAUGAUGAACGUCACUAUGUUGACCUCACAACUUUUGGAUUCUUCCGAGGGGGAAUUUUGGAAGUACAUAUGAUUAAUUUCAUGUUACCAUCAGGACCUGUGGGCGAGUACGGUUUUACCCUGGAUAGAACAGUAAACGAUGCUAUAAAUCCAUAUUUGGAAGUGCAUUCAGAUACAUGUAUUCUGAAAGGAGUGGAGAAGAGCAGCACACUUCUUUCACCGCAUCAUCCGGCUAUUGUUUUCUUGAAAAUGGACUUUAAAAAUCUAAGGUUGAAUAUAACUUGUGAAGGUGAAGUGACAGCGCUGCAUCUCUACCAGAACCGUUCGAUGAUACCUAUUGACCGGACGAAGAGACAAUCGCAAUACAUGUUCGUGAACAGACGGCGAAGAUCAAUUGAUGCGUCAGUUGACACUGGAGAGGAUACAUUGGGCCCGCAGUGCUCUUACGCUGUCCUUCCAAUCACAAAGGAAACGCGCAAUGGUUUCGACUACUACAAUACAAGUUUCGCAAUGUACGUGGCGUCGGAGAAAGAGGAAGGUCUCUACAACCUGUACUUUCACAACUGCCCCCGCGAAGACGUCAACAAUCCUCCGCCUAUUAACGUGAUGAUUGAAAUAUAUGAGAGCAACGAUGGCAAUUUCCUGUCGGCUGGCGAGAUGCCGCUCCCGGCCCUGUACAGCAUGAUGUCACUUAUAUUCUUACUGAGCGCCGGCUUCUGGACAUUCAUCUUAAAAACGAGCCGGCACACAGUGUACCGGAUACACAUCAUCAUGUGUGUCUUGGUGUACUUGAAGGCCAUGUCACUGGCUUUCCAUGGGAUCAAUUACCAUUUCAUUCAGACGAGGGGAGAACAUGUAACCGCAUGGGCUAUACUCUACUAUAUAACGCAUUUGUUAAAGGGAGCGGUAUUGUUUGUUACGAUAGUGCUCGUGGGAACUGGGUGGAACUUCAUAAAGCACAUCCUCGCUGACAGAGAUAAGAAAAUUUUCAUGAUUGUUAUUCCAUUGCAGGUCGUGGCUAACGUGGCAGAGAUAAUAAUAGCGGAGAGCGAAGAAGGAGCCGCAGAACACAACGCUUGGCGCAUACUGUUUAUAUUCGUCGACAUGCUUUGCUGCGGCGCCAUCAUGUUCCCCGUCGUCUGGUCGAUACAUCACCUAGAGGAUUCUUCCACGACCGACGGUAAAGCGGCUGUCAAUCUUCGGAAAUUGAAACUGUUCCGGCACUUCUAUGUGAUGAUUCUUUGCUACAUAUACUUUACUAGGAUCAUUGUUACCAUUUUGGAGAACACGGUACCAUUCCAAUACUCGUGGAUAGACGAGAUGUUCCGCGAGAUGGCCACCUUCGUGUUCUUUGUGAUGACGGGGUACAAGUUCAGACCGGCUGCCGCUAACCCGUACUUCACACCGACGCACCUGGACGAUGUCGAGCCCAAAGUUUUAUCAGAUAUUGGAGUCUUAGACGGCGUGACCAACAGGGAAAAGAAGAGAGAGGACAUGCAACCGCUCAUGCAAGAUAAUAAUUCAGAUUAAAUUCUACUUUAUAUAACUAUAUGUAUGUAAUUAAAUAAAUAAGCAUAGUUUUAAUCAAUCAAAGGUAUAUUAUAAUUUUGAAAUGUAUAUGUAGUGUAUAGUUGUGAAUAAUUCCUUUGUUUGUUAUUUUACUAGUUAUACGAUUCAGUGUAGGGCUUUUAAUAUUAAACAGUAACGUUUUGCGGUAAAAAUGUUAAAUUUGAAAUUCCAGCAGUGGACUGGCAUUAUUUUAGAACGGAUAAUGCCUUUCACUGAGCCAAAUUUUGAUUGACUGAUGUGACCACUUACCACCACGUUAGCAAUUUAUGUUCUACUCAUCGCAGUAUCAUUUUCAAUUUUUGAAGGUUGUAGGCUUUCGCACAGGCCUAUUCUACCACCGAAUUGACGGUUCCGUUUUGAGUAGUGAGUGAGCCAGUGUAAUUACAGGCUCAAGGGACAUCUUAAAUCAUGCGAUUAGCGGUGCAUAAGUGACAGUUGUAGUGCCAACGUAUAUGGGCGUCAGUCUUUAAAAAAAAAUUCAACAAAAAAUCUACAAAUUAAUUUCAGUAAACAAUAUGACUGAACUAAUAUUGCUAAGACACGACUAAUAUUGACUGAGAGGCGGUCCAAGGUUGUAAAUAUUAAUGUAUUUAAGCUAAUUCUUAAAUCUCAUCAUCCUAAUAUAUAUCGUGAAUUUAAUUACUUUGGAAUAAUAAACGACACCACUAAUACUUUUGUAAUUAACAUUUUCUUUUUAAACAUAAACUUAAAUAGGAAUUUAUUAUUAAAUAUAGGAUAUUAAUAUGUAUAUUUAUGAAAUAAAAAUGAUUUAAAAACUACUUAUUCAUCAAACCUAAAUCAACUUAAUGAUUAAUUGUUAAUAAUGAUUAAUUCGAUGUUAAUAUAUUUUUUAAUAUACUUAAAUAUUUCUUAAUAUAUAAUAAUUUCCUUACUUAUUAUAAACAUUUCUUAGCGGGUGAAUACUUAAACAGUUGUUCUUCUUUCGAAUGUCAAAUCAAUAAUGACAGAAACACAGACCCUAAUUGUCUUUAAGACAUAAAGUAGUAUACAUACACAUGAUAGGUACACUCUGAAAAAAAAAAGAGUUAAAAAUGGAUACAUUCAAAAAUACUUUUUGUUUAAUUGUUUUUUUUUUUUUACAAAAUAAUGUAAAGCGCUUGUUUCUUAAUUAAGCACUAAUCUGAGGUUGUAAAAUAAUAAUGAUUGGCAAAUAAUAAAAUAUAAAUUAUAUCUCCGGUCGGAUGGGUCGUGUGUUGUGUCUAGUCGCGAUUUUUUUUUUUAUAGUUUGACGCGGUAUGUAAUAACCACAUAAUAUUAUCACCCUUGUAAUUAUUUUGUUAUUAAAUGAAUUAACGGUUAUUCUUAAUUUUUUUGGUUUGUUGGAAUGAAAAAAAAAGGAAAAAACAACUUUUAUUGUAUAAACAUUUCUUGUAUGCCAUUAAUUGUAUUGUAAUUGGUUUAAGAUAAAAGGCGAGAAUUGGAUCAUAAGGUCGAUAAUGGAGUUAGCUCCGAACCCUCUCCUCAAAAAGUUCAUUUUUUUUUAACGUGUCAAUUCUCGUGACCUUAUAUAUUUUUAUAUAUUUUGGUAGACGUUAAUGUGCCUGUGUAAUGCUAA